AUGUCGGGCUACCAAGCAUACCCUGGCGCCUCGGGCUACGGCUCUGCCCCGCCUCCACCGCAACGACCUUUUGCCAACUCGCCCUUCCAGUCGCAACCUCCCCAACAAGGUCAGCAGAACACCGCCGCCUAUUCUUCUCCUGCUCCCUAUGGCCAAUCUCAACCGCCACCCUACCCGCCUUCUCAAUAUCCUCAGUCCUCCCAGCCCCAGCAACCAUAUAGCCCAGCGCCUUCUCAAGGCUACAAUAGACCCCCUCCACCUCCGCCUCCAGGACAACAGCCGCAAUAUGGUCAGACCCAGUACGGUCAGAAUCAAGGAUAUCCUUCACAACCCUCUGCGCCUUACGGUCAGAGCCAGACUCCAUUUGGUCAGAGCCAGCCUCCGUCAUAUGGCCAGAACCAGCCCUCCUACGGCGCGAGUCAAUCCCAAUAUGGCCAAUCUCAACCUCCUUUUGGUCAGAGCCAGCCAGCUUAUGGAUCGCAACAACAAUAUGGCAGCGGACCUCCUGGAUAUGGCCAGCCUCCUCAACAACAGCAAGGUGGAUAUGGCGCACCUCCCCAGCAACAGGGCGGCUACCCUCCCCAACAACAGCAAGGUGGAUACCCUGGACAGCAGCCCGGAGCUCCUCAGGGCGGCUACGGCGGUGCUCCUUCGCAGCCCGCCGGCCCUGCUGAAAUCCAGGCUUAUAAGCAGUCGCUUCAGCAGACUAUCCAGGAGAAGCGCCUCCAGGCUUUCUACCCUCCUGGCUCUCCUAUCAUCGACCAGAUCGCCCAAAAGGCCUCGGGACAAGUCGACCGCCUUUGCCAGCAGUGGCGCAUCAACAAGGAGAUUGGCAACGACAUUGUCAAGCUUGCCCUGUACGACGUUGUUCUCUACAUUGACGACAGUGGCUCGAUGAAGUUCGAGGAGAACGGCGAGCGUAUCAAGGAUCUUCAGCUUAUCCUUGAGCGUGUUGCUACCGCCGCUACUCUCUUCGACGACGACGGCAUCUCGGUCCGAUUCAUGAACGACAACCCUCCCCAGCACAUGAUCGAGCACAUUAAGACUGAGCAACAGAUCCAGCAGCUGAUUGCUGGCCACAAGUUCAGCGGUCUCACCCCUAUGGGUACUGAGCUCCGCAAGAAGGUCAUCGACGGCAUUUUCGUGCCUGCUAUUCGUAGCAGACAGAUGCGCAAGCCUGUUUUGGUCAUUACCAUCACCGACGGUCAGCCUGCAGGCGAGCCCACCACUGCCGUCUUUGACACCGUCCGUGCUGCCAUUCAAGAGGCCCAGAACUCUCAAUACGGUCCUGGAGCCAUUGCCUUCCAAUUCGCUCAGGUCGGAAACGACGAGAAGGCCCGCGAAUUCCUCGGUAAACUCGACGACGAUCCAGUUGUCGGACAAUUGGUCGACUGCACUUCCAACUUCGAGAACGAGUCCGCUGAGAUGGCACGUGCCAACCCUCCUGUCGACCUCACUCCCGACCUUUGGAUUCUCAAGUUGAUCCUUGGUGCCAUCGACCCCUCAUACGACACCAAGGACGAGAAGUCCAACCGUCAGGGUGGCGGUGCCCCCGGCUACGGUGCCCCUCCUCAGCAAGGUGGCUACGGUGGCCAGGGACAGUUCGCCCCUCCUCAGCAGGGCGGUUACGGCCAGCAGCAGGGUGGUUACCCCCCUCAGCAGGGUGGAUAUGGCGCUCCCCCUCAGCAGCAAGGCGGCUACCCUCCCCAGCAAGGCGGUUACGGCCAGCAGCAGGGCUACGGAGCUCCUCCCCAGCCCCCUCGCUACUAA